AUGCUGUUCUGGACUGCAGUUCUAUCAGCCGCCCUCGUGACAGGCUUGACCGUCAAGGAAACAGAUGAUGGUGUCAUUGUCGAUGUUGAAGGUGAUGAUGCCUUCGUGGUGACCAUCGACAACUCCGGAUCUAUCUCUUCGCUCCAGUACCGAAAGACUGAGUAUCAGUACUCUGGAACGCUGAGUCACAUUGCCUCUGGCCUCGGUAGCGACGCGUCUGUGACUUACAAGACCGAAGGGGAUUAUGCCGUCGUUUCGGCCACUAUCGAUGACGACGAAUUCAAUCUGACCCACUACUACGUCUUUCAGGGUGGCCUUAGCGCAAUCUAUAUGGGCACUAAUUCCCUCUCGCAGCCCUCCGUCGGGGAACUACGCUAUAUCGCCCGUCUGGUUAACCUACCUGAGGCCUAUAAGGAGGGCGGUGUCUCGGAUAUCACGGGCGGAGAAGUCGUCGAGGGAGAAGAUGUUUUCCUCGUUGAUGGAGAGACACGGAGCAAGUUCUACUCAUCCGAGCGCUUCAUUGACGACUCCGUCUACUGCGCCUACACCUCAGACAGUUCCGUCCACGCCUGCUUCCUCUCCGACACGCGCUCCCGCGAGAAAUCCUCCGGCGGUCCCUUCUUCAGAGACAUCGACCUAAACCUCGGGAGUGACUACCACUCAGUCACGUACUACAUGAACUCCGGCCACGUCCAGACAGAAGAGUAUCGCACUGGCUUCUUCGGUCCGUACAUCCUCUCCUUUUCGGGCUCCUCCAUCCCAUCCUGGUCCGACUUCGACACCUCCUUCUUUGAUGACCUCAAACUAGACGGCUACGCUGGCUCCUCAGGUCGUGGUGUCGUCUCCGGAUCCGUAAGCGGAACAGCCGACUCUCUCCCGGCCAUAGUCCACUUCUACAACGAUGACUACCAAUCCUGGACAAACGCCUCGGACGGCUCCUUCACGUCCCCGGAAAUCGUCGAGGGAUCGUACACUGUCGCCUUAUACCAGGAUGAACUCCUCGCAGCCACCACAACGGUCGCGGUAUCCGCCGGCGCAACAGCAACAGCCUCCAUCAGCGCAACAAACGAGAUAAUUACCGCAGAUAGGACCACGAUCUUCCAGAUCGGCGAGUACGACGGCACACCCUCCGGUCUCCUCAACGCGGACAAACAGCUCCGCAUGCAUCCCUCCGACGACAGGAUGUCGGAUUGGAACCCUACGCCAUUUGUCGUCGGCUCAAGCGAGGACAGUUCCUUCCCUAUGGCACUCUUCGCCGAUGUUAACAAUAACUUUGAGAUCCAGUUCACAGUUGACGGAACCAUCGACGCCGACAAGGUCACGGUCCGAGUUGCAACGACCCUCUCCUUCGCUGGUGGACGGCCUCAAAUAACGCUUAACAACGACGAGUGUGACGCACCAGAUGCUCCGAUCACGAUUGAUUCAAGGGGUGUGACGCGCGGCGCAUACAGGGGUCAUGGCGAUGUGCACACCUGCUCCUUUGAUGCGGCGAGUGUGGUCGAUGGUGAGAAUUCUGUGUAUAUUGCGGUUAUAUCGGGAAGUAGUGGGGAGGAGUUCCUCAGUCCGAACUUUGUGAUGCCCUGUUUUCUCUUGUAUUUCGUCUGGUUUGGUGUGGAUUGGGCUAAUGAUUCCUACCCAGGUGGUUGA